AUGUCGAAGUACUCCAAGACGUACCUCGCACUAGCCCCCGUGGCUGACCCUACUGCUCGCGAACACCUACUGCAUGCAGCUGCGCCUGCGAUAGAUGCUGGAACUCCGAUCAACGAUGAUUUCCUAUUGAGCGCCAGGAUCGAACGACAGCUACGUGAAAUUGAAGCCCAGCGCGGAAUGGUGACACGCCAUGAAGUACUCGCUGCCACAAUCCGCGAACACGCGAUCCUGAUGGAACAUGCUGAAGUGGAGUAUCCGAAAGCUGUUGCGCCAACGGUCAUGCCGUCAGCCCAAUUGAUCCCCAACUCGAUCUACAAGCCGAGCUAUGCCCAAGUAACCCACUGCAUUCCUUCCCAGCGUCACUUCUCAUCUAGCGCCGUCGAAGCAGAGCUCCAGAGCGUCAAAUGGCCGUCAGAUUUAGCCAAACGCGUGCACCGACGGAUGCGUAGUUUCCCGCGUAAUUACGAAGCCAAGGAGCUCGUAGUGGAGGCAGGUAUGAACCAGGCGGAAUGGGCCAUCGCAGCCGCUAGUUUUCGCAAAUCCUUCCUCUCCGAGCCAUCCAAGUACUUUAAAAACCAACAAGAACUCUUGGCCUUCGGACGGGACUUGGACGACGUCAAGCGCCACAACUCCUUCAUCUUCUACCCGUACUUUGUGGACUACGCCAAAGCCAACAGCUAUCUACCCACCGACCAAGACAACGACAACGUCUUGUCUCUCCAGCAACUCACUGACUUGAGACUACCUCACGAAAUGUACCCAUUCGCCACAGCAAUGAAGCGGAAGAUCAUCUACCACGAAGGCCCGACCAACAGUGGCAAGACGCAUCAAGCGCUGGAGAGACUCAAACAGGCAGGAGAAGACGGAGGCAUCUACUGUGGCCCUCUCCGUCUCCUGGCACUCGAGAUCUUUGAGCGUCUGAACGCGGACGGCCUGUACACGUCUCUCGUCACGGGACAGGAGAAGAAACUCGUGCCGUACUCGACCCACGUGUCGUGUACAGUCGAGAUGGCGAACAUCAACCGCCCGUGGGACGUGGCUGUGGUGGACGAGAUCCAGCUGAUCGGCGACCCGCAGCGUGGGUGGGCGUGGACCCGCGCGCUCUUCGGCCUGCAGGCGAACGAGAUCCACGUGUGCGGCUCGGGGGAGGCCGUGCACCUCGUCAAGAAGUUCGCAGAGACUACGGGGGACGACUUUGAGCUGCGGUCGUACGAGCGUCGGUCUCCUCUGGAGAUCGCUCCGACGCACCUGGCGUCCUACAGCCACAUUCGGUCGGGCGAUUGCGUUGUGGCCUUCUCGCGUCGGGACAUUUUCCAGAUAAAACGGGACAUUGAGGUAAAAACAGGCCAGAAAUGUUGCAUUAUUUACGGCCAGUUGCCGCCUGAGACGCGAUCGCAACAAGCUCGGCUGUUUAACGACCGUAACAACGACUUUAACAUCUUGGUGGCGUCCGAUGCCAUCGGGAUGGGGCUCAACCUCAAUAUCCGACGUGUCGUGUUCGCCACGGUCAAGAAAUACUCGGGCAGCAGUGGCGGGAUGAUCGAUAUCCCGCCUUCCCUGGCUAAACAGAUCGCUGGUCGAGCAGGUCGAUACGGUAGCGACUUUGCGUCCGGCGAGGCGACGUGUGUGCUGGAAGAAGACUUGGAGUAUCUGAAGGAGUCGUACGACGAGGUGCCGACGCCCCUGACGUCUGCAGGCCUCUUCCCGUCCUCGGAGCAGAUGGAGGAGUUCGCGAGACAGUUACCGGGAAUUACAGAUCUAGCCGACCUCGUGGACAAGUACGUCAUGCUGGCUCGACUGGACGGAGACUACUUUAUGUGCAACCACCAGGAUAUGAAGGACGCAGCGACCUUGUUGAGGGAGACAGAGCUCACGCUGUCCGACAGAUUUACGUUCUGUAUGUCGCCUGUGGGGCUGCGUAACCCACUGGCGCGGAGGGUGUUUCUAGAGUACGCCCGUGCGCACUCGUUGGGGCAGAGUGUGAGGCUGGAUAUCUACCUGCCAAAGUACGCUCCCAGGACGGCGGAAGCGCUGGGCGACGUGGAGAUCAAGGCCAAGAUCAUUGAUCUGUACUUGUGGCUGUCGUUCCGCUUCGAAGAUACGUUCGUGGAGAAAGAUCUGGCGCUGGAGCUGAAGACGCGCGUGUUGGAGCUGGUGGAGCAAGGGCUGGUGAACACGACGUACCACCGAGAAGACAAGAAGACGCGCUGGUCCAGUGGGGCUGCGAACGGCCGUCGCUCUGCGUCACGAGGCCAGUUCGACGGCGAUCGCUUCCGACAGCAGACGAAGGACGGGGACAGUAGACCGAACUGGAGGAGAGACAAGACGACGCGGCAACCAGCACAGGCGUCGAGGAGAACGAAUACGCAGCGUGAGGAUGGAGCUGAAGGCUUGAAGGAGACUGAAGACAGCAACAUGUCGUGGGUUGCUCGCAUGUUUGGUACCUCUAAAUAA